AUGUCAUCCCAGGUCACAGCCUACCAUGGAGCACAUGAAAGCAAUCCUUACCCACCGAGCAACUCCCUGGCUCCUGGGUCUCAGCAACCUCUGGGUCUAAUAAACCAAGGAAACCAAGUUCAAGGUGGUCAGCCUUACUUCCUCGCAUCUCCAGGAAUCGUUCCUAGCAGUCAAGUGGGUCAAGGAAACAUACAAAUAAAUCCAGCUUCGGGAACAGUGCUCACAAACUUCAAAGAAGCAAAGACACUGGGGGCCAUCCAGAUUGUGAUCGGCUCGAUGCACAUCGGCUUUGGAAUCAUUCUGGGCCUUUUGAGUUACAGUACUAACGAUGUUUGGGGUUUUGGCUCCUUGACUUUCAUUGCUGGAUAUCCAUUCUGGGGUGGAAUCUGUUUCGUUAUUUCCGGCUCACUCUCUGUGUCAGCAUCCAAGGAAUUUUCCUCUUGCCUGAUAAAAAGCAGCCUGGGAAUGAACAUUGUGAGUUCCAUCUUUGCACUAAUUGGGGCGAUUCUGCUGCUGGUGGACAUGUGCAUCAAUCACCUCACUAUUCAGGCCUACUGGGCACUGAUUUCUGGGAAAGGAAUUUCAGCCAUGCUAAUGAUUUUCUCCCUCUUGGAGUUCUGCAUAACUUGUACCACGGCCCAUUUUGCCAGGCAGAUGGUAACCAACACCAAUGGGCCUGUCCUGGUUAUUCCAAAUGCAUAUGCCAACUACCCCGUGGCACAAGAGUCUUCCUCAGCUCCUCCCAGAAGUAAUGGCUACCCAGCUUAUACCCCUAAAUAUUAAAAGAAAAAGGGGGAUAAUGGGCCGAUAUCAUGGGGGUAAAACUACUCUGCAGAAACUGCUUACAAUGCUGGCUUUUCCUAUCUAGGAUGAUUGCUAAUCUUCAAAGACUGCAUUUGAGAUUUGCGCAUCACUAAUGACAACCGUAUCUCCCAGUCACUAUCUUUUUCUACUUACCAGUACUCCACACUGGCAAAGGUGAAGGACCAGAGGACAGAA